GUCGAAUGAUGUGAUACGGUUAAUUAAUGAAAUCUAAAAUGGCGGACUUAGAAAGCUCUCUCACAGCAAUGGACUGGCUACCCCGUUUAACCGUCGGCGGGGCUAUGGCUGGUGUUGUGGGUAAAGACGGUGUGUCAAAUGGACCUUUAACUAAAACACAAGGUGGUAAUAUUGCCUUACGGAAGGCUCCUAAUUCGCCUUUAGACACAACUGCAACACUUGAUCAGAACGAUGCAACAAGUCACAGAGACGGAAAGCCACCUUAUAGUUAUGCUAAUUUAAUAACAUUUGCCAUAAACAGUUCUCAUAAAAAGAAAAUGACACUUAGUGAAAUUUACCAAUGGAUAUGUGACCAUUUCCCAUACUAUAAAGAUGCAGGAAAUGGUUGGAAGAAUUCCAUAAGACAUAAUUUGUCUCUGAAUAAGUGCUUUUUAAAAGUGCCAAGAUCAAAAGAAGAUCCAGGAAAGGGAUCAUACUGGGCAAUAGACAGUAAUCCACCAGAUGAUCCACUUCCUGCCAGACAUAAAAAGAGAAAAUUCAUAAUCACAGAUCGGUGUUCACCAUACAGUCCAGAAUCUGGUAGCCAAUCCCUUGGAUCUCCACCAAGCUUGUCACAAGUUAAUGUCCAGGUGACAACUUUACCUGCCCCGCAACCUAACCUGGUCCAACAUCAGACACAACAGCCGACACAUCAGAUGCCAUUUAUGAAUGGAGGAAUUGAAGAUCUCAGUGCUUCUUUCAGAAGUCUCUAUAAAUCUAUGUUUGAUACACACCAAAAUAACAGUACUAGUACUACUAUAAAUGAUUGGGUGCAGAAUGUAGAUGUAUUAAAGGAAAGUUUACGGCUGGCGGGUUCAGGAAACUUUGACUUAAAUAAUAUAGAUUUAACACAGUUUCAGGGUCUGAUGGAUUCCAUGAAGAACUUGGACCAAACGAACUGGUCAGUGAGUCCGGAGCAGUUUUCAGAUUUGGCAUCAUCUUUAAAUACCUUCUUUAACCAAGCUGGUAUACCAUUACCUACAACACAAGAUCCCAAUUUAAAUAAUCCAGGGAUGUUUAAUAACAACACAACACUGCCAUCAUUAAGUCCAGCAUCACAUUUAACCAUACCAGACACUCCAUCCUCAGUCAGCCCACAAAUUAGUCCAAGAUCAUUAGCAGGUUUUAGUCCAGCAUCAAAUCAAGCCGUUAUCGUCCAGCCUACACAAUCUGCACCUUACAUUGGUAAAGAAGAACUUGAUGAUGAAGAAAUUGAUUGGGAUAAAUUGUUGUGAUUGUUAUUGUCAUAUUAUCAUCACAUGACUUAUCAUCUGACAUGUUGUCAAUGUAUCACAUGACUUUAGGGCACAAAAUGUCAGAAACUUCAUGUCCCAACUCUCAUUAAUGAUUUUUGUUUUGUUAUGGAUUUUUUGUUAGAUAUUUUAUUUUAUUAUUAAUUUAUUAAAUAUGUGAAAACAAGAUGUAUGAUUUCAGGUGAAAGAAGUUUGACUGUUUCAUUUAGUCCCAUAUGUCAAUGAAAAUUAUAAGAUCGUUAUAUGAUCUCAUGACUUUUUGUUCCCAUUUAUGUAAUGUACUUUCAAUAUCAUUGAAAACUUAUUUUAAGUACACCUUUAUAAUGCUUUUUAAAAUCUGUCAAUAUAAUAUUUCAUGAUAAAUGAAUAAGGCUACUGGAUUUAAAUUUUUAAGACGUGAAAUGGAUCUAUAGGAAGAUUAAAAAUUGGUUAUAAAAAGAUAAAGGUAAUAAAAUUACGUAUAGGCCCAAAAAAUGGUUAAAUUUCAAAUAUCAAAUAUGGAAUAUAUAAAAGGUGUUAUGGCUGAUUUUUUUAAAUUUCAAACCAUUAUGAUUUUCAAGUACAAAUUGAGCUAAUUUUGGAUAAUUCCCUCUGGAUUAGGGUAACAACAAAUUCCCUCUAGGUUGGGGUAACAACAAAUUCCCUCUUGAAUGGGGUAAUAGCAAAAAUUUCCAAGAUAAUAUUUAAAUUGUUGUUAAAAUGCUGUAUUGUAUACCCAAAAAUAAAGUUGUUUCUAAUAUGAGGGGACAUUUUUUUAACCCAAAAUGGUACAAAAAUAGUAAAACAUUUGAAGACAAUAAACAAAUAUUAUUUUAUGGUUCUUUGUGUUGCCAUGAAAACUUUCUACAUGUGAAAAUAUAAAAAAAAAAUCAAAUAUUAUGAAAAGUGUUCGAUGUUUUGUAACAAAAUGUUUUGAAAAUUUUGCCAUUUUAGGUACUGUAUAAGGUCAUUAGUGCCCUUUUUCCAUUAUUAAAUUCCUGUUAAAAGGUUCAACCGAUACUGCUGAAUUUCAAUUAUCAAAACCGUUGUGUACAUUAGCUUUGUAAAUACUUGCUACAAAGACACAUUCCUAUUGGGAUGAAUGAUUAAAGUUGUGUUUUACUGAAAGAAUUUUUUUCAGAUUUAAGAUGAAUAGUUUAUAGAACUCAGGGUUCUGAAACAGAAAAUUAUGUAUUGUAAUUUAUCUGUUGAGAUCCGUCCAUUCAGAACAAAUUUACUCGUUCUUUUGUCCUAUUCAGAUAAUAGCAUAUAUGUAAAAUCUGUCCAUUGUUGUAAUGAGAUGAAUAGGUAAUUACUACAUUUACACUGUUUUGUGAAUAUAUACUUUUAAACUCAAAUCUUUGUCAAAUAACAGCAUCUUCUGAUAAGAACAGCUUGUUGUGAAGUUGCAACAAACUUUUAGAAAAUUUAUGCUUUCACUUGUAGAAAAAGCUUUUUAACUUUGAUUGUGAACAAAACUUUUAUAAUGCUUUUAUAGUUGUAUAUUUUAUUUGUAUAUUUAUUUAUAUUAUGUAAUAUUUGUGACUUUAAAGUGCUCAAGACAUGCUGGCAUGUCAAUUCUUGGAUGUCUUAUAGACAAUCAUCUUUUAAUGUUUGUUUUUUUUUUAUUUCUUGAUUUCACUUGUGCAAUUCUUUCCUAUAUGAUUAGUUUAACAUUAUAUUUUGAUACUUUUCAAUAUUUCUCAAACAAUAAUAUUGGCAUGACAUAUCUUCUACCUUUACAUUUUCAGACUCCCUCCAUACAAGAAUAAGUCCAUUUAUUUUAUUCUGAAAAACUCAUUAAAGUUAAGAUAUUUUUAUAGUUGAGCUUUACCUGAACAAUAUUUCUCAGACAAUGAUAUUGAUAUGUGUCAAAUAUCUUUUAGGUCAAAUAUGUUGAUAAAUGUCAUAGUGUAAGUUCAAAUGCCAUUCUUAUACAAAAGUGACUGAAAUGUUAUCAUUUAUCAGUAAAAUAACACACUUUUGAAAAAUUUGAAAUAUUUGGGUUUUUUGGCAAAUUCAUGGUCCAGAUGUGUGACUUUUGUCAUAUAUAUUUAGUUAUUGACCUUGUUUGUACAGUAAAAAAGUAGUUUGUUUAUUAAUAACUUUCACUUUGGGGAGCAAAGAUUUAUUAUAGACUUUGAAAGUUACUUCCUUACACCUUUUAAACUUUGAGAAGACCUUUUAUUUAUAUUUUAAUAUUAUUGAAAUAAUUGGUCAGAGAACUUUUUAACAAAGGGACACAAUAUUUUACAGAGAAAUCACACCUUAAAAUGUUUAUACAUGAUUUUAUUGUUGCACUGAAAUUCAAUGAAAUGUUACAAGAUUUACCAUUGCUGUAUGAAACAGGUUACCAUGUGAAAAAUUCUAAUAAAAGACUUUUGCUUUCAUGUAAAGUUGCUCCUUUACUAUAGCAAUUUUCAGUUGUAAAUGUUUUAAGAAGACUAUAGGGCAUUAAAGAUGAAUAAAAGGAAAUGGUUAAUUUGUUUUAUAAAAAAGAAAAGCAUUAGUUUGAUAUGCAUACUGUAUUCGUAUGGAUUAUGAAAUCAAACAAUUUCGAUAAAACUAUUAAAUUGAAUUAAUAAAUGAUCAUAUAGUUUAUUAUUUGAAGUGGUUUUUAUUAUUCUGUUAAAUUUCUUUAAAUUGUUGUGAUACAGGUUGCUAUUUAUUUUCAUUAAAUUUAGAUCAGUGUCUGUCAUAUAAACCCGGUUUUAUAUCAUGAUUUAGAAAAUAUAAAUAACUAAGUCAGCUUGUAUUUUGUAUGAAAACUUUAUUUUUAAUGCAAUUUUAUCCAAGAAGGAUUUUUUAAUUUUGAUUUUAAAAUCAAUUACUACACUGCACAUCUUGUAUCUUUAUUUCUCAAUAAUUGAUGUAAAAAUUUCGUCUACCAAGUUGGCCUAAAAAACAUUCCCAGAAAAAGGGAGAAAAUUAAUGAACCUUUAUAAGUCUUUUGUAAAUAUGCUUUCUCUCAAUAUAUAUUUUAAAACAAGUGAGCUUUUCAACAGUUAAAAAUGUGCUUGCUCAUAUUUGAAUGGCAUAUACAAUUUUCAUUGUAUUUGUAUUGGCUUGGCUUAACCAGGUAUGUACGGAAGAAGAAAAUGUACAUGUUAGUAUGUUCUAAUCAACUUUUUACUAUCCUAAUAGAUCUGUUUUUCAGUUAAACUGAAAAUAUGUGAAUAGUUAAUGUUAAUCCUGCUGAUAAUGAUAAACAUAUUUUAUAUACUUCGUAGUUGAGUCCACCAAUAUUGAGCAAAAUUGAUUUAAGUUAAAUACAAAAUCAGUUGUUGAAAUACAAAUGUACAUUUCUUGUGAUUGGUUGAUAUUACAAGUGCUUUCUUAUACAGGGUAUAAAUUGAAUUAUUUUUAUACUGAUAUAGUGAUCAUAUAAAACAACACAACUUUAUUAGCAUAAAAAUUAGAUGUGGUAUGAUAAUUUUUUGGCUUGUGUAUGAGUUUGAAAGGGUAGGGAGAAAAUAUUUAUUUUUAGAAAUAUGAAGUAUGUACAAUUACUCAACGUAUGCAGGUUGUUGGGAGUUUCAAAAGUUUUUUUCUAUCCUCCUUCCAUUUUAAUCGAAUAGCCCAAACAGAAAUUGUAAAUUACAUAUCUAAUAUUGUUUUCAACGUAUAAUAAUAUUGAGCUGUUCAACAUUAAAUUAGCUUUUGUUCCGAUUUAUUGAAAGAAUGUAUCAAAGAUUUUAUUAUAAAGUUCUAUGCAUGCUUAUGCCACAAUUUAGUGAAAAAUUGUCCUUAUGAGAGGAUUACAAUGUUUUGCAGAGAAAAUUUUAUACCCUUUUAAAUCAGUUCUGAAAUGCAUACAUUGAAUUGACAACAUAGAAGAAAAAAAUAUUAAAAAGGUACAACAGUUUAAGGUGGUACCCAACACCUUGACUAAUAUUAAUUUGGCUCGUUUAAUUUUCAUAAAAUUUUGACAAAAUGUUUACUUUGACCCUUUGACAAAAAUAUAAAAAUUUCAAAAAAUUUGAACCAACCACUUUAUCAGAAAAAUUUCAUUGGUUAUAUAGCAGUUUGACAAACACUAAUUUUGAUCAUUGAGAAGCUUAAUAUUUCCUUAACAAUACAACGUAAUUAAAACGUUUAGCUGAUUUUUACAAAGUUAUCUCCCUGUAGUGUUAGGUACCACCUUAAGCAUGAUAUUUGAUUUUUUGAUGCAGAUGAAUUUUAAUUUCAAAACAUUUCAUUAUUAAUAAAUGAAAGGAAACAUUAAACAAGGUAUAAGCAAGGUGAGAUGAUAAUUAAUAUACUGUAAAUUAGAAUUUAAUUAAAUUUUAUUUUGUAAGUGUAAUGGCUCCAACAUUUAAACAAAAACUUGUUAUUCAAGGGAAGUAAUGCAAGCACUCUUCCAUUGAUUUUUUUAGACCUAAAAUUACUGAAUAUUAAGUCUUAACAUAAUUUUUAACAUCAGUAGUGAACAUGUAUGUGUGAAUGGUAAUAGCUGAAUUAUGUUUGUGCAUUCAAGGCAGCUGUUAUAUGAUUAAUUUGUAGAAUCAGGGCAAUACACUAAUUUUUCGAUUUUGAUUUAAACAUUUAAUUUUUUGACAGUGUAAAUAAUUAUUUAAACCAUAAACAUCAUUUGUAUGAUAUGUUUGCACACAAAAAUGUUCAAAUCAACAUGUCAAAUGUUAAUUAUAGAAUGAAAACUGUAGUAGUAAAAGAAUAUAUGCUUGCAACUGGUCAGAACUAUUCAGAUUUUAUCAAGUGUUAUAUCUCAUCAAUCAUAAUUGCUUCACCUUUCACCUAUCUUUAAGCAGUCAUGAUUAGUUUUUAAAUUCCUGUUGUGAAUGGCAUAUGCUUUUUACUUAAAGUAAAAGAAUAUUUCAAACAGUUUCACAAGGUACUGGAGAAUUUUGUUAAAAUUUUAUGAUGGACCCUGUUGCUUUAUGAUUAUUUCAUAACCAAUUUUUUUUUCAUGUGCUUUAACAUUAAGGGCCAUUAGUUGUCAAAUUCAUGUUCACCGAUUUGACUAAAAUUCUCAUAUUUGAUUUAUAACAUACAAAAAUGUAUAUCCAAUAUGAAAUAAAUUUUUUGAAGUUUUUCAUGAAUUCAAAUAUGAUUGCUAUUAUGAACCAUUUUCUGAUUAUUUUUUUUUGGAAAUUCAUUGUGUUUUAGUUAGUUUUGUUUUUAAAAAUAUGCAAUGUGAUUUAACUAAACUUCAAAUACAUGUAAUAAGCAGAUGAAUCGACAAAUGGAUACGGAAAAUUGCACUGCAUGUUCUCAUUUGCAUAUUUACAUUGUGUAGUUUAGUUGAUAAAUUAAUGAACUAAAACUGCUUUUCUACUAUAAUUGCUAUGUAUAUUACACAUUAAAACAAUUCCUUAAUUUUACAUGAAAAUGAAAGGCAGUCAUUUCUAAAUAAGAUAUUUUUAAUGUGGAUGGAAGUUGUAUUGAUUUAACUAAAUUCAAAGUUUCUUAGAAUUUCAAACUAAGUGAGUUGUCGAAAACAAAAUGGUUUGAAUAUUUGUUCAUCUUAAGGUUGAAGUAUUAAAUUGGAUUUGAAAAUUAAUUAUUUUUGAUAAUAUAAAAUACUUUUUAAUAAUGAGUUCUAACUUUUUAUUUAUGAGACAUUUUCAGAUCAGAUACUUUAGAAUUCCUUAACAUUAUUUGUAUUUUCUACUGAUAUGAGAUCUAAAUGAAGCAUCUCAUUAAUCAAUGACCACAAAAUUAUUUGAUGCAUUAAAAUGCACGUAUACAAAACCAUUUAGCCAACACAUUUGUAUUAUAGACAACAGAUUUGUACUAUAACAGCCGUGUAUUACAUUUACUAUAUAAAACAUUUACAUGACUCAGAUUGACCUUAUUUGUUAUAUUUAAGUUUAUGACUUAAUCUUAUAGCAUAAUUGCAUAGAAAUCCAUUACAGAAAUGUUGUUAUAUGUAAUUAAAUUUUAUCUAUCAUGACUGUUGAAAAAUUUGUUUUCUUUACAAAAAAAAAACGGUUUAUGGAUUGUUUUAAAAAUUGAAAUAAAAUAUGGACUGUGUAGUCUAUUUAUAAA